GCAUUUGAGGGAGGUCUCAAGUGGUGAUGAAAGUUGACUUAGCAGCCUAUGGCCUCGCUCCCCUACACCGUCGUGCUCCUACACCAAGGGCAAAUCCGAUAAUACCGACACGUUUGUGAUACACGCGCUGAUAGAUCUCAUUGAUUGAGGCGCGGGCGCAGAGUAUAUCGUAGAACUCAGCUUCACUGGAUAACUCCUCCUUUCUUUCUUCCCUUUUUUUAAGCUGGGUGCUAAUAAUGUCAGCUUAGCGAUAAUUGUUUACUUCUUCUUGCUAUAUAGCACUCUCUUGCACGAAUUAAUCCAAGGAUUUAGUAAAGUGAAAAGAUUUGAAUCAAAUCUAGCAAAAAACAAAAAAAAAAAAAACAAAAAAAAGGGAGUAUAUAUUUUGCAUGAUGACGAAUCCUUGUUACCCUAAUGGCCCUCAAAAUCUACCAAUUUACGAAGAAGUAAUUGAUCCGAAUUCGUCGUCUCCGUCGACGAAUCCGACGUCGUUUCUGUACAACCUGUCGCUGCUGAGGGAUAAAGUGGAGGAGGUGCAAUCGCUCGCCGCUAUGAUGGGGCAGCAUCCGGCGUCAACGGCAAUGGCGAUAUCGACGACGAUGGGCACCUUGAUUCAAGAGAUCAUCGUCACGGCAUCGUCGCUCAUGUUCGCCUGCCAGCAGGUGUCUCUCAGGCCACCCUCUCCCGCCGCCUUCGAGGUGCAGCACGACGCGGCGGUCGCCGGCGAUCAUAAUUGGUACAGCAAUUGCAAUAAUAUUAAUGAGAUUCACGAAUUCGGCGGGAAAAUCGAGAGAGUGGAGGAGGAGCGCGGGGAGGAGGAGGAGGAGGACGAGGAGGCGGCGAGGAGCUACGAGCUGGUGGAGCUGCAGGCGGCGGAUUUGCUAGCCAAGUACACGCACUACUGCCAGGUGUGCGGGAAAGGGUUCAAGCGGGACGCGAACCUUCGGAUGCACAUGCGGGCGCACGGGGACGAGUACAAGUCGAGCGCGGCGCUGAGCAACCCGGCGAAGCGGGCGGAGGGGCCGCGGAAGUACUCGUGCCCGCAGGAAGGGUGCCGGUGGAACAAGAAGCACGCGCGGUUCCAGCCGCUGAAGUCGAUGAUCUGCGUGAAGAAUCACUACAAGCGGAGCCACUGCCCGAAGAUGUACGUGUGCAAGCGCUGCAACCGGAAGCACUUCUCCGUGCUCUCCGAUUUGCGCACGCACGAGAAGCACUGCGGCCACCUCAAGUGGCGCUGCUCCUGCGGCACCACCUUCUCCCGCAAGGACAAGCUCAUGGGCCACGUCGCCUUGUUCCUCGGCCACGCCCCCGCCAUCACCUAAUUUUUUUUUUUCUCAUAUAUAUCUCAUCACCUGUAAUUAUUAUAUUUAUUUGUUUCGUCGAGUGUAAAAGAAUUCUGCACAGAUAUGAUUCAUUUCAUGUUUGUUUUCAAUUCUUUAACGCUUGUACUUUGCGGCAUACUAAAUACUAAUGGAAUUCAUGUUUUUGUGCUUGUUUAAAA